CAUUUUAGUUCCUCUCAGUGUCGUCGUAAGCGCAUGGCUUGACUACAACGUCUGAGCUUAAAUAUAUUUUCUUUUCUGUCCUGUUCAUUUAGUUUUCUUCAUCCAAUCGACGUCAGAAGACAUCAGCAUUCGAUUUAAGUUUCCACAAUAUACAGAAACACAGCCAUGAUCACCAGAAAAAGAGGAAGAAGCAGCCUAAACGCUGACAUCACAUGUACAAGUACCUCCCACGAGAUUGAUGGUGUUUCGAAAAUCAGUAAUACAAGUGAAACGGACAUGCAAACUUCCCCAGAAAGUGACACCAAUGAUUGGGGCCUGGAUGAUCUGCUUGGCUCCGGGUUCAACUGGGAGCUGGACAAUGAAGUGCUUGAUGCUUUCGUCAACUUUGAAUCACAGACAGCGACCAGCGAUGAGACAGACCAAAGCGCAGUACUUGACGUUGCCCCAUCCCGCAGUAGAGGUGCAGUCCAGAGGUCAAAACUUCAAGACUGCUCCAGUCGGAUCAUCAACAAGAAUGCCAUUGCUGCGAGGAUGAACCGUUUAAAGAAGAAAGAAUACGUCAGUGGCCUGGAACAGAGAGUUGGUUCUUUGACAACAGAAAAUCGUGUUCUCAAGCAGGAAAACGGCAAUCUCAACAAGAGAGUGGAAGAGUUGGAGAAUGAAACUAGGUACUUGAGAGCCGUGUUGGCCAAUGAGAGCAUGCUGGCUCAGCUGUUGUCUAGAUUGAGCGGUGUGAACGGCAUGAAAUUCUCUACCUCACUUUUCCAGGAAUCCAACGAGAACGACCACGAUUAUGCCAUGCCGAGGAAGAGGGUGAAGGUGGAAGACAAAGAUACUGCAGGUGGCGUCUGCCUGCAUGUGGACAAAGACCACGUCUCGGUGGAAUUCUGCACCAAAUGUGCAGAGAGUUCAAGCUUGUCGCAUAAAAUGUAGGGUCAAGUAUUUUACAUUUUCAACGUUUCCCGAGACUGAACAUUUGCACAAGAUGUAAAUGAGGGGACAUGACGACAGUAGUUGUCAAAUAUAGAGUUAACUGUUUAAAUGUGUGCAGAGCUUGAAUGGCAUGUUUGUUGAACUUGCUUUCAAUACAAGUUACUGCUAAACUUGUUGACAGUUUUCUUCUAGGUGCUUGGUCCGCCAUGCUGGAUGACUGGGUCACAGAACAUCCUUGACUGCUGAAAUCCAUGUGGAUUUUGCUGUGGGGAAAGCAGAAGAAUCGGGACCAGCAGCUUGCAUCAUGGCCUGGUAAAUU